AAAAGAGUUUUCUUGCACACAAUUGGAUCCCAGGCGAGUCAGUCACGACUGUGGGUGGCGGAUCAGACUCCGCGCUGGCACACCCUGGAAACUUUAUAAAACUAAAGGCUGUGUGGAAGUUGCCGACCCACUGCAUGCACGCGGCCGCGGACCUGCGAUUAUUUAGAAGUCAGAGCUGCACAACCUGGACGGUGUCCUUGCUGAACUCCGGAGCGCUUAGUUCAGUUUCAUCAGCGAUGUCAUGCUUGUGGAUUUUGUUCUUUGGCAGUCUUAUUGCGACUGGAGUGAGGACGCAAGAGGAGGACUCUGAAGGUUCAGAGGAGGCCAACAAAAACGAAAUGGCGACAGACCUGCCCCCAGUAGAGGCAGAGGGCCCAUUUCCAUCUGAGGAUGGCGGAGCUGGCGGUCCAGAAGCUACUACUGAAGCUGGCACAGCAGACACUGUACAAGCUGUUGAGGAACCGGCUGAAACAGUGUUGCCGGAAGAUGAACCCGAGGUGACUGUUUCAGAAAAAGAUCCUCUAUUAGAAAAAGAAGAGGAACCAAUAACUGAAGCCCCUGAGAUGGAUGGCACAACUGCAGAAUCAGGAAUCGUUCAAGAGGAGGCCCCCACUGUAAACCUUGAGGGUCCUGAGGGAGCAGAAUCAGAACAAACUGAAGGAGAGUCUGAUCUUUCAGAUCAAGUGAACAAUACCUCAUCACCAUCAGAGGAAGAGGCAACAAAAGCUGCAGCAGAUCUGGCCAGUGAAGGGGACGUUUCAGCUGAAAACAGCAUCGGUGGUGCAGAAAACCCAAGCGAUGGUGCAGGCAAAGUGCGCAUUGCUGGAGCCAUGGCUGGACCAAAUGAAGAGGAAUCUGAAGGUUCAGAGGAGGCCAGGCUGGGUUCAGGCAUCGUUGCUGGGGUCGUGGCCGCAAUCAUGAUGGCGAUUAUUGGCGCUGUCUCCAGCUAUUUCACUUAUCAGAAAAAGAUGCUAUGCUUCAAGGCCCAAGGACGCGAUCCCGAGAGAGCCAAAGAGGAGAACAGGACACAUAAUGACCCUCAAGCACUCAGCAGCCUCCUGAACUCAGCGUAAUCUUCAGUACAUGAUGAAAACAGUUGGAGAAGGCCACACGAUAUAAAGCCGCUGUGAAUCGGUUUACAAAAAUAGUUGGGACAAAAAUGCUAAUGGAAAUUUCAAUAAAUGAGAUCUUGAGGCGCAUUUUAGCAGUCAGAGAACUGGAAUGGUUCUCAUUUGUUCUUAGCGAGUGAGAGGGUGAGAAACACGGUGCCUGUCCAAUAUCUAAGAACACUGAUAAUUUGUGUCUGUGGAGUUUUCCAUCAGAGCAAUGGCUUUGAUAUUAUAGUUUAAAUACACUGACCACACGGGUUUCUUAUUUUCUUAUUUUGAUUUGCCUUUAAGUUGCUUUACCACCAAGACAAAGGGACCUUUUUCAUACUUACACGUCCUGCAUCUUGGAUUACAGUUUCUGGUAUUACUGUACCUGUUCGACUGUUAUAUUCUGAAUGUAAAAUGCAUACAUGAUGAAUGUGUGUGUGUGUGUGUGUGUGUGUGUGUGUGGUCCUGUGUGUCUGUGUGUGAUCACUUAGCUAGAAUUUACAUUUUGGGGGGAGGCACUUUCACUGACACUAAACUGUGUUUGUUUUCAUAUACCUUCAGUUCCUUGCUAGUACAUUUUUUUAAAACAAUCUAAUCCCCUAACAUGUUAGUUGUUACAUUUCUUCCAUUGACUGUUAACUAUUUUUGAAAAUAUGUGAUUUUACCAAAUUGAGUCCCAAGCACUUACAUUGUUUAGUUAAGAAAUUUUGUAAAUAACAAUGAAGCAUUUGAAUAAAGUGUUGGUCGUAUGUCUCUUUGA